CGCGGUCACGACGUGUGGUCCGCGCGCCGCAGGGAACCAGCUGCGCGCGGCGGAGCGACCGAGUGCUGCAGUGAGCGGAGCCGCUGGAGCCGCUGGAGCCGAGGGGCGCACGAACCCCCCGAACCGCCCGUCGCUCUCCCCACAAGGACCUGCUUGAUAAAUCCACUCCAGCGUGGCCGCUGCAUGUGUCCGGCAGAGGAAUCACCAGACUCCAUCUGAAGGAUGAUAACACACUGUGGACUGGAACCUCGGGGGACUCUUUGAUACAUUACAAGAGUGAGAGGAGACGAAGGAAGCGACGUGCGGUGGAGACGUUCAACGGACAUCUAUUAUCUCAGGGACGUGCUCCCAGUUUGGGGAUGGAACAAGGGGAGUACCAGGAGGCGGAGAGACACCUUGUUUGUUUGAGAAGCAAAGCACAUUUUGAGACACCUUGUGGAUUCCUUGCUUUGCCUCCACCGCUGACUCCUAAAUAUGGACUCAGCGUCUUCUAAUAUUAAGGAAGUUUAAAGAAUACCUCCAGCAUGUCUACUGGGCGAUCUAGUGGUCUUCCGGGUGAUGAUGCAGUCCUCAGUCUGAGCCGCUGUGGAGAGAUGUUGGACAUUGAGACUCACGCACCAGUUGGGAGAGGAUGUUUGAAAGACAGGUUUUCAGAAGCGACGACCGUCUGCUGCAGAAGAGUCCCCGUCUGUUUUUCUAUCGUCCUACUACUCCUCUCCCUGAUCACACCCGCUCUGUCCAUUCAUAUGGAGUUUAUAGAGAGCCACAGUGAGUUCAGCUGUGAGCCCAUCAGACUGAGAAUGUGCCAGGAUCUGCCUUACAACACCACCUUCAUGCCCAAUCUACUGAACCACUACGACCAGCAGACAGCAGCACUAGCUAUGGAGCCUUUUCAUCCCAUGGUGAACCUGGUGUGCAGCGAUGACCUGAGGAUGUUCCUGUGUGCCCUGUACGCCCCGGUGUGUACGGUCUACGGCCAGGUGUCCAUGCCAUGUCGCUCUCUGUGCCAGCGGGCCAAAGACGAGUGCCACAAACUCAUGGAGGUGUUUGGCGUAGCCUGGCCAGAUGACAUGGAGUGUAGCAGGUUCCCAGACUGUGAUGAGCCCUAUCCUCGCCCAGAGGACCUGCUAACAGACUCUGACCCCACCGACCAGUCGUCCAUGACUGUGCAGAGGGACUACGGUUUCUGGUGCCCCAGAGAGCUCAAAGUUGACCCAGAUCUAGGCUACUCUUUCAUGGGCAAGAAGGACUGUUCUGCCCCAUGCCCCUCGAUGUUCUUCAACCAGCAGGAGCUGACCUUUACCCGAUACUUCAUAGGAGUCGUCUCCAUUGUCUGUCUGUCUGCAACGCUCUUCACUUUCCUGACAUUUCUCAUCGAUGUCACCAGGUUUCGAUACCCAGAGCGUCCAAUCAUCUUCUACGCUGUGUGUUAUGUCAUGGUGUCGCUGGUGUUUUUCCUUGGUUUCCUGUUGGAAGACAGGGUGGCUUGCAAUGCAGUCAGCCCUUCUCAGUUCAGAGCUUCAACCAUAACACAAGGUUCACACAACAAGGUAUGCACCUUGUUCUUCAUGGUCCUGUAUUUCUUCACCAUGGCCGGCAGCUUGUGGUGGGUCAUACUGACGAUUACUUGGUUCCUGGCCGCUGUGCCUAAAUGGGGAAGUGAGGCCAUUGAGAAGAAAGCCCUCCUCUUCCAUGCUGUCGCCUGGGGGCUCCCAGGGGCCCUGACUGUCGCCCUGUUGGCCCUGAACAAAAUUGAAGGAGAUGGCAUCAGUGGAGUGUGUUUCAUAGGCCUGUAUGAUAUAGACGCCCUGAGGUGGUUUGUUCUGGCACCGCUCUGCCUCAAUGUGGCGGUUGGCGUCUCUCUCCUGUUAGUGGGCAUCGUGGCUCUGAAUCGUGUGCGCAUGGAGAUCCCUCUGGAGAAGGAAAACCAGACCAAACUAGUCAAGUUCAUGAUUCGAAUCGGAGUGUUCUCUGUGCUCUACCUCGUGCCCCUGUUGACCGUGAUCGGGUGCUACCUGUACGAACACACCUACCGUGACAAGUGGGAGACAACAUGGAUGGAGGAGAACUGCAGGCGCUAUCACAUCCCCUGUCCAUACAAGGUGGAGCAGACCAACCGGCCAGUCAUGGUUUUGUUCCUGAUGAAAUACCUGAUGAUGCUGGUGGUGGGGAUUCCCUCUGUUUUUUGGGUGGGCAGUAAGAAGACCUGUUUCGAAUGGGCCAGUUUCCUGCACGGACGCAGACGCAAAGACAGUGGGGUGAACGAGUCUCGCCAGGUGCUGCAGGAGCAGCCGGACUUUGCCCAGUCUCUGCUGCGUGAACCCAACACCCCCGUUAUCAGGAAGUCCAGAGGAACGUCCACACAGGGCACCUCCACCCACGCCUCCUCCACUCACUUGGCCGUCCUAGACGACCUGGACGAACCAAUCAGAACUCAUCACGGCCACCCCGCCUCCACCAGAAGUAAAGCCAGCAGCGUUCACAGCAAGACCAGCUACCACGGCAGCCUGAGGCGCACCCGAGAUGACAGAAGCGAUGCUGUGGUUUACCGAGGUACAGAGCAGCGCAGCUUCCACGGCAGCAUGCCGCGUCUCGACCACCCGCUCUCCACUCACAGCAGCCUCCACCAGAUAGAUGGCAACUCGAGGCACGGCAGCCACCGAGACAUGUCCGCGGCCGCCCCGACCCUCAUCACGCACGGAACCAUGGACAGUAACAGUCGAGUGGCUGAGAAUGACGGCACCAGCGCCUGAGAGAUGUGACGAGAUUUUAUAGGAAACUAUUGUCAGGGCGCUAUCGGUGUCUUUUCAAGGAAGAUUUUCUCUCUCGGCAGACGCACACUUCAGUGUUUAUAGUGUGUAAGAGUUUUCCGCUGUGAAGAUGGAGAAUGCACCAGUCAGUGAUGUGGUGGUGAUGUUUCGUGUCCGUUCGUUCGUGAGCUUGACUGGUUGGUUUUACUUCUUUGAAAUUACACAGCAGUUGACUCCUGAUUGAUCAACUCAGACGGGCUGAACCAACAUGAAGAGAAACCCCUCUUCAGACUUUGGUGGCAUCUGUAUCAGGGAAUCUUUUAGUAAACUAAACAGAAACUGACAAACUGUGGAAAGAGGAGACGAUGUAUCUUGGAUGGUUCCAGUUUGUUGCAGGUGUGGUAGAAGGAUUCACCAGAUCCUACAUUUUGGAGGAUGGACACAGUUUUUGUUGUGGCCCAUCUCACAGGUCACAAUAAUCAUUCUGUAUCAUCUUGCAGGACUUACAGGAACACUGUUAAAUAUGUGACCAGUGCCGAGUAUUGCUUUUGUAACAAUCUUAAAUGGUUUGUGCUCUCCUUUCCCUCCCCCUGACCUCUGUCAGGCGGAUCUAAUUAUUCCAUAUGUCUGUUUGUCUUAGACUGCAGCUCUUAAUGAACAAUGUUUCUCUUUGUGUGGCUUUAGACACUGACAAUUAUGGGCCUCUUGUGACGUUUUGGACCUCUGUGGUUUAGUGAGAUAUUUUUAUACUCGCAGUGAUAAUGUGUGUGUGUGUGUGUGUGUGUGUGUGAGAGAGAGAUUGAGUAAGAAAUACAGACACAGUAUGAGUCGGAGAGAGGCUAAUGUAAUAUGGACGUUGUUGUGUGGAAUGAACUGGAAUGAUGCUUGUGCACUUUCUUAACGGGCACAGAGGUUGUUCCAGGUCAGCCUGAGACAAUUUCAGCACUGGACCUUCCGCAAAGAGGCAUCAGCUUUGCAAAGAAAGACGAGUCAGUAGUUAACUCAACCACUAUUCAUUUAAUUAGUUGUCAACCAGCCGAUCCUAGUGAUAAAAUCCCAAUGUCAAUGUCUAGAAGUCGCCUCAAAAUUGCUUCGCAAUCUGAACAACACACAAGAGCCUCUGUCCAACCUCAGAAUGAGCACUGUUAAUGAUUCAGGUCGUGAUCAAACGGCUGGACUGGAGUCAAAUUAUGAAAUCUGUCAACAUCAACAUGACUGAAAAGUUGUUUUCACCAGUAGACUUGAUCUUUAUCUUUAUCUUGAUCGGCUCUUUGAUCAUGUGCUUAUGUUGCUCACACUUGUCCAGAGCCGUACAGAUCAUUGGCAGUGAAACUAAGAAAAAGAGAUUUUCAGUCAUUAGGCUUUAUGUGUUCUCUGACAUUUACUUAACAUUUAUUGAGUAAAUGUUACAGGAAGUGUAUAAUAUCGCUGUUUUCCUAUCGUGUGUGUUUUGUUCCACAAACCCUCAAGUUCCAGUUAACCUACCUCACCUAUACCUUCAGCCUUCUCUUUACCUGCACACACACACACACACACACAUCAGUAGGAUGUCUGUAGCUCGCUCCGUCCAACAGUUGGCUGUACGUUUUUUCCCGUUCUACCUCUUCAGUUCAAAUGUACCUAUCGGUCUCUGGCCUUUCACUGCUGCCUCUCUCUCUCCUCCUGUUUGAAAUUUCUUUCGACCGGCUGCCUGCUUGUCUGUUGUACAUAGAGUGUCUGUCCUGUGUGAUGACUAACCUGCCUCACAUCUGCCUUCUGCCUCUCCUCCUGUACAUGUGCCCACUCAUAUUCUUUUGGACCUACAGACACCGUCUGUGCUGUUGCAAGUAUCGAGUGCUCACAAACAUUAACCGUUAUGCUGAGAGACUCUGACGGUAAAUACGACAUCUUCUAAUUCGACAGUAAAAUAACCUCAUGUAUGAAAUGUAUCUUUCUUCUCAUCAGUCCCCACAGACAGACAUGAGGAAGAAUAGCCUCGUUGAUUUCUCGUGAUGCUGUCGUAAUGUGCGAGUGAACUACUGCAGCGCGAAAAUAUGAUCAUGAUAAUAUUGGGGAUUGUGAAACUUGAGUUGUAUUUGCCUUUUAAUUUAUUUGCAGUUUGAAACUGUAUUGACCUGUUUUACAUGCAGUCUAAUAAAGAUUUUAUAGACUUCA